UUCUGCGGCGUCACGGUCGCCUUUACCCCGGGCGGCCCGCGGUGACCGCUCGGAGCUGCUGGGACCAGCCAGCCGUCGGCGCUGCCCCGGUGCCGGGCCUGGGAAAAGCGCUCGAAAAGGCGGCGAGCUAUUUGGCAUCGAGGUGGGGAAAAGCGGCGCCGCCGCCGCCGGGCGGAGGGUGAAUGAUUGACGCGGGGCGUGGGCCCUGGAGGUCCCGCCCGCUGGGCGCGCAACGUCCAAUGGGCGGCGAGCGCUGGCUUGUUACAGGAGGGGUGCGCUGGGCACGGGAUGCGAAUGUAGCGCGGGCGCGUGGGACCUGGAGCCAGGGUGAACGUUCUGAAGAUGGAAUUUUGGAACAUGUCUCCGCUCGACUCGCAACAGCAGCGGCAAGAAGCUGCGCCCUUAGACUUGGUGGGCAAGCGCUUCCUCUGCGUCCUGAGCAGCUUCAGCCAGGAGCUCGAACCCGGGCGAAUGUCAGAAUGGAACUGGAGGGCAGGGAUCAUCAGAGCCGUUUCCCACAAAGAUCUAUCAGACCCAAAUUUGUUGGUCUUUUUAGAAUUUGAUGAAAGCUGGUGUCGGUGGAUGAAACUUCAUGACGAGGAGCUGAGGGUCUUCCUGAUCGAACACCAAUUAGUUUUGGCUGAAAGGAAAUCUCCAAGAGAAACUACAGAUGGUGUGCAGUGGCCUGUCCUGACUUUUAAAUGCUUGAUGGACAAAGUUGGUUUUGGAUCGGUGACCCCUGUGGAAUUUCUUGUGGACAAGUACCGAAUGUUUCUGCAAAAAGAAAUCCCUCUUCAGCCAUUAAAGAUGAAUAAGGAUUGCUGGGCAAAACAUCUUCGGGACAACAAGGAGAUUUGUGCCAAGAUUAAGACCUGGUUCAUUAAAAAAUCAACCCAAGAACUGUUCCUAUAUGGUAGUAGCAAUCUGACUGGCUAUAAAGUUAAGGUGUUUGACGUGAAAUCUGCUACACAUUGGUGCCCAGCCACGGUGACUCAUCACAAUUCAACCACUCGAUUAGUGCAGAUCAAAAGCGAACAGUUUCCGGAGAAGCAAAUAGUUGACCCUGCUCUGAUUCACAUGGCUUUCCUUCAUGAUGAAGAUAUUGAGGCACUGACCAAUGAUGAAAUGGAAUUUGAUAAAUCUGUAAAAGCAUGCUGUACAAAAAGAAAGUCUACAGAUGGCCAUGAUGACAGUGGAGUAAAAAGAACAAAGUGCAUCACAUUGGCUGAGAGCAAGAACCGCAGGAAAGAGCACAACCCUGAGGCAACUGAGCAAAGUGAGGCCCAAUACCGUAAUGAGCAAUCGAUCCCCUCGGAUCUAGGAAAAAUAACAGGACUGCAUGAUGUGAAAAUGCAGCAGUUCCUAGAAUCCAGAACCUGCCCCCUAAACAGACUACCUGCAAAGGAAGGUACUGAAAAUGUGAAGAUUGCAGAUGCUCAAAAACCAAAGCCGUUGUUUGGGCUUGAUGGCAGUUGGAAUAGUUUUAACCAUGUUUUCUCAACUUGGGCGACUGAUAAUGGAAGAACAUUAGUGGUUGAAGACAAACUGCAGCCCGGGACUAACCUUCUGACACCCCGUCGAGAUGCUGCUCCAUCACAGUGUGUGGAGCCUGUUUUUUCUGGCUUUCAGAAACCUGAAUGUUCUUUGAUACUGUCGAACAAAGAAACAGCUACUUGUUCUUCUUCUGAAGCUUCUAGAACCAUCCGCGCAGCUCAGUUUGUUCACUCCACUUUGGGGGACGUGUUGCUGGGCAGUGCUGCUACAACUCCUGAGAGUAAAGACUUGAGACAGACGACUCCUCCGCCUGCGAAUUCCCCUCCAACAAUUACUGCAGUGGUGCCCCAAGGGACUGUUGAAGGGCAAAGAAUGGGAGAAGUGCUGGGUGAAAGGCAGUAUACUCCAGUAAGUAAUGGAAAUGCUAACCCCACAUGUCCAGAUUCCAGUACAUCAGGAUUAUUUUUGGAAGGUCGCCAUAAACUGCCUUCAGCGGGAAGCUAUACCAGUAACUGCCCGGUGACAUCUUCAUCAACAGAAGUGCCAUUUCAGACUUCUAGAAACGGACUUCCUGACAGAUGUGAGAAAGAGAAACCCCUUCAUCAGGAGAAGGUAACAAACGUUCUGGCAACUGAUCCUUCAAACUGCGAGGUGUUGCUUCCUGCCACAAACAUUAAGGCAGGCGCAGCGACUGGCGUUCAGUCCCAUUCAUCACAAACAUUUAACCUGUCCAGUGGCUUUUCGGUCAGCUCAUGUAGUCGGGGAGCUGCCACGCCUUCAGGCCUCUCCGAGCAAGUAGAGGCAAAAGAUGCCAAGGCUUUACUGGCGAGUUCUCUACUACACAUCGAUGGAAAUGAAAGUGACACAGAAAGUACAACUAGUGACUUGAGCUGCUCGUCAGGAAUGAGUUCGGAACUAGGAUUUGAGCCCCUGACCCCAAAAGGUUCGAGGAAUUCGUCGUUGCAUAAGACCUGGUCUCCUAGUCGGAGGCAUAAAGGGGAAGGAGGUGACCGGCUGAGAAAUACUCUCUUCAAAGGAAGAAGAGGCAGGGCCGAUGUCUCGCAGUCGGUGCUGAAUGAUGCUCAGAAAGUCCGGGCUUUGCAGCAGAGCGGCGAGUCCUUUCUGCAAGAUGGCUCCUGUAUUGACAUUGCUCCCCACCUGCACAAGUGCAGAGAAUGUCGCUUGGCCAGUUACCACCGAUACAGAGAUGAGGCUGAUUCCACUGUCUUCUGCAGGUUCUUCCACUUCAGAAAGUUGCAUUUUAACAAACAUGGAGUGCUGCGUGCAGAAGGAUUCCUCGCUCCAAACCAAUGUGAUCCAGAAGCCUUACGCUUGUGGAUGCCCUCUGAUGCUAACAUUGAGGGCUUAGACCUGGACACCUCCAAGUACAUUCUGGCUAAUAUUGGAGACCAUUUCUGCCAGUUGGUUAUGUCUGAAAAAGAAGCGCUGAAGUUGGUGGAACCUUGCAAAAAAAUCGCAUGGAAACGAGCGGUGCGGGGUAUUCGAGAAAUGUGUGAUGCCUGUGAGACGACCCUCUUCAACAUCCACUGGGUGUGUCCGAAGUGUGGCUUCGGUGUGUGUCUCGACUGCUACAAGAUGAAGAAGACCAAUCCGCAGCAAGAUAGCGAAGAGGAGAUGUUUUCUUGGUUGAAAUGUGCUAAAGGCCAUGUCCAUGAACCAGAGAAGCUGAUGCCGACACAGAUUAUUCCUGGUUCAGCCCUGUAUCAGAUUGGAAACAUUGUUCAUUCUACAAGGGGGAAAUGGGGCAUAAAAGCCAACUGUCCUUGUACGUUGAAGAAGAACAAGCCUUUGAUUAAGCCUCCUGUGGCCAGUGAGGCAGAUCAGAAACCGAAUAACAAUGUGGCUUCCAGUGAGGCAUCAGCCUGUAGCAAACCAACAGCCUCUGAAUAUAACUCCACACCAAGUGUGACGAACACCAGCAGUAACUUAACUCUCACCUCUGCUGCUGCAACCCUGAGGAAGAAAGAAGACUGUACCUUCAACUGGAUGAUGGGCCUGAGUGAUGUUAAAGGCAAGGAAGAGAAUAAAGGAAGUCUGCAGCUGCCUUUGUUGAAUAAAGAGAUAAAGCCCGUUGACUUGUUUAACCCCUUGAGCACUUUGUCGAAGCCUUCAGCAUCCCUGCAAACGUUCAACAGUUUGUUAACCCUCACACCGAGUAGCUGCAGCACCAACAGCUCACUGAGAAAUCUCCUGUCCUUCAGCUUGGGGAAGUCCAAUACAGGAUCAAACAGCACCUCCAAUCUCCUCGAUAACAUCUUUGCCUCGCUGGUGCAAAGCAAACCCCCCAGUGAUGGACCGAAGACACCAAGCAAAACGUGUGACACCCGAGAGCUGCCUAAGGCUGUGCCCGGGAAAGUGCUGAUUUUUGGCUCCGACACCCCUCACACCUGGUACUGCGGUGGGCGUUUGCUGUGCUUGCAAGAUCCAAGCAACAAGAACAAUUGGAAUAUUUUCAGAGAGUGCUGGAAGCAAGGGCAUCCGGUAAUUGUAUCUGGUGUCCACAUGAAGCUACGUGAAGAACUCUGGAAGCCAGAAGCAUUUGGGAGUGAGUUUGGAGAACAGGAUGCUGACCUGGUUGACUGCAGAACUAACACAAUUAUCGCUGGUGCAAAAAUACGAGAUUUUUGGGAUGGAUUUGAAGACCUUUCACGGCGCCUUGCCACAAAAGAGAGGGAGCCGAUGGCCUUGAAGCUGAAGGACUGGCCCCCAGGGGAGGAUUUCCGAGACAUGAUGCUUUCUAGAUUUGAUGACCUGAUGAAUAACCUACCCCUGCCUGAAUAUACCAAGAGAGACGGCAAACUGAACCUGGCCUCCAGGCUGCCGGACUUUUUUGUUAGACCCGACUUGGGCCCAAAAAUGUAUAAUGCUUAUGGAUUAUUAUCAGCAGAGGAUAGAAAGGUUGGUACAACAAACCUUCACUUGGAUGUGUCAGAUGCUGCUAACGUCAUGGUGUAUGUAGGAAUCCCCAGCGGUCAGCCCAACCAUGAAGAAGAAAUUCUGAAGACCAUGGAGGAUGGUGAUGCAGACGAGUUAACAAUAAAACGCUUCACAGAGUUCAAUGAAAGGCCUGGUGCCUUGUGGCAUAUUUACUCAGCCAAAGAUGCAGAGAAGAUCAGAGAUCUGUUGAGGAAGGUGGCGGAAGAACAGGAUCAAGAAAACCCUCCAGACCAUGAUCCCAUUCACGACCAAAGCUGGUACCUGGACAGGACUCUACGCAAGAGACUUUAUCAGGAAUAUGGUGUUCAGGGCUGGGCCAUUGUGCAAUACCUAGGUGAUGUGGUGUUCAUCCCAGCUGGAGCCCCGCACCAGGUUCACAACUUGUACAGUUGUAUCAAAGUGGCGGAGGAUUUUGUUUCUACUGAGCACGUAAAGCACUGCUUCCGACUCACACAGGAAUUUCGACACCUGUCUAACACGCAUACCAACCAUGAGGAUAAACUUCAGGUGAAGAAUAUUAUCUACCAUGCAGUAAAGGAUGCUGUUGGGAUGCUAAAAGCUCACGAAUCCAGCCUUCUCAAGACUUUGAUCUGAAGCACCACUUGAAAGCUGGGUUUUCCUGAAAAAUCCACACCAUAAUGUUAACAGCAACUAUUUAAAGAAAAUGACUUGUUCAAGGAGGCAAUCUGUUGAUAUCUUUGCAUUAAGCAGGUUGAACUUCGUUGUAGAUGGGAUGGAAAAAAAGCAUAAAUCUGUACACUUUCAGUUUUACAAAAUCAAGACAAAGAUGGUCUAUACAACUCAACAUCCUAUUUGUCACAAACAAAUUUUAGUUUUUUUCUCUCUCAACUUGUUAAUACAAAAUUAGUUGCAUUCUGCAUCACCCUACUCUCCAUUUUUUCCCCCUCUUUUCCAAAGAGAGAUCAUGUACUGAGAUCAAGCUGUCUGGAGAAAUGUCCUGGAUUAAAAACUUCUUGGGGGUUUCUACAGAGGUUGGAGCAGUUGAUGAGGAGAACCCCACAAAAAAUAAGUGUAGCCCUGUAAAUUAGUUGAGAAUGUCAUUCUCAGUGACCCUGGUGUAAUCGGCAGCAUCUUAUUCAUGUGUGUAUCCUGUUGGAGAACAAAUGUCCACUUUAUACCAUUGUCACUGCUAAAAACUAACUGAAUCCUGCCUGAAUGUCGUCUCAUUGCUGCUUCAGUCAUGAGUGGAUGGUUUUACCCAGUUAACCAGUUUUCAACACAAGAAUUUAGUUUCUUCAUUUGGAUAUCCACACCCAGCAGAUUCUGAAUAGAAGUCACCAUAUUUAUUGCUUUAUCAUCACCUUACAUUUUUGUGUAAAUAUUUUACCAAAUUCUUUUUGUAUGUACUUUAGCUGGGGGCCCGUUAGCUGUUUUAAUGUAGCUAAACCAUCUGGAAAGGGUGCAACCAAGAAUGAAAGAUGUACAGAAUUGGGAUAGUUUAAAUUUCAUCUCAAGUUGUGCAGCAAGUGAGGGACAUUCCACACAGUGCUAAUUAAAUAUUUUGCAUCAAUGAGGCAGGUAAAAAUACCUUAUUUAAUUUGUGGGGAUGCCUUCUCAUGUUUUAACACAUUUACAAAGUCUAGGAUUCCCAGGUUUUGAAAUGACUUCCAAUUUUGUUUUUCUCAUUCAAAGCUUAUUAGGAGAUACGCUAGUCUGCAUAGAUGAAUGUUCUAAUUGGAGGCAGCAUUUGCUGCACUAUACUCGAGAUGAGUUUCUACUGGUGAUUUUCCAAAACAAUGUCAUACGAUACAUUAUGUAAGCAAAUUGAACUGUUGGAGAAACCAGCACUACAAAGCGUUCGGGUUUUUUUUUCUAAACUUACCUCCAUAGUAAGUCAUGGGUCCAAACUAAUUUCCAGCUCAAGCUGUGUUUGGUCUACCUGGUUGAAGAUGGUGGUACUCAACUGUAAUUUACAUCCAGACUACUGUUUUUUCUUAACCUGCUUGUUGCCGAAAAGUUGAACUUGAAGGCAACUUUGAAAGUCUUGUAUACAGCCUAUGUACUAAUCAAGAAGCAAGAGCAUUGUUUCUUUUGAGCAUGUAAUUGCAGCUGUAAAAUUAAGAGGAUUCUAUCGGAGCUGCUUUUUUUAAAAUAGAAGAUCUUUCAGAAAGUAAAGAAUUUUGAUUACUCAGGACCUACACUUGAAAGUUUACUGUAUUAUGUCGGUUUGUUUGAUUUGUACAUUUUUCUGUAUUUUUUUUGUGUGGUUUAAAUGCAGAGCAUAACUGAAGGUUGAGGUCUGGAAAAUGACUAAUUAAUUAAUCAGUAGAAUUGUUUACAGAUUGUGUGCAAUGAUCUUUGUACACCAGAUAAUGUGAUUUUUCUUUUUACACAAUAUAUCAACAUAUUCUUGAUAUAACAACCUUGGUUUUAACAUGCCUAUUUAGCUCCUAGUUUGUUUUUUUGACCCGAUUUUGCCUGUCAGUUUCUAUGUAUGAAAGCACUGAUUAAUAAAGAAAUGGUUGGCUUGGAA